AUGGUGGAGGAAUUUGGCUCAACGUCGUCUAGAUGCGCCUUUCUACGACUGUGGGAUCGCAGAGGACGUAAACUCUGGAUCGUAAGUGUUCACGCACCUACGGAAACCGCUGAGGACAACAGCAAGGACUCCUUCUAUGAUGAACUCAAUGCGUUGAUGUCUAAAAUACCAAGCCAGCAGGUGGUCAUUGUCGGAAUCGACGCAAAUGCGAAGAUGGGACUCGAAAAGCAAUCCGAUGUGCUAGGAAAAUGGUAUUAUCUAGCGGAGCGCACGUCGGACAACGGUGACCGUCCGGUUGACUUGUGCGAACAGACGGACCUCAUCAUCGCUUCCACGUUUAAGAGGAAUCAUCGAGGCCAUCAGCUCACGGCAGGGGUCGACCGUUUUAAUGCCUAA